AAGCCUGUGCACCGGUGAACCACUUGUUCUCAUCUUGUAUAAUGUUCCUCGUCCACGAAGGUCCCUUUAGCAGAAGCUCCAGUAAAUGAGGACAAGGUGAAGGGACUUAACAAAGAACAGGAUGGGCAAAGACAGCAUACCUUACAUGGACACGACUCCUCAGAGUGGAUAAAAUGAACAACAUGUCCCCAGAGGUUGCACUUAACCGGAUCUCACCUGAGUUGCGGCCUUUGCUGUCCAGCGUUGUGCGGAACGGCCGUGUAGGACUGGACUCCACCAACUGUCUCCGUGUCACAGACCUCAAAACUGGAUGUACAUCUCUGACUCCUGGUCCCUGCUGCGAUCGCUUCAAACUUCACAUCCCCUAUGCUGGAGAAACCCUGAAAUGGGAUAUCAUAUUCAAUGCACAAUAUCCAGAGUUGCCACCUGAUUUUAUUUUUGGAGAAGAUGCCGAGUUCCUCCCUGAACCCUCAGAACUACCGCACUUGGUCCAGUGGGAUGCUGCGGACCCAGAAUGUUUGCUCCAGCUGGUGAAGGAGCUUAUCCAGCAGUACCAUCACUACCAAUGCCAGCGUCUGCGGGAGAGCUCCAGGCUGCUCUUUGAGUAUGAUAGUCUGCUGGAGGAUCCCAACUAUGGCCGCAACAUGGAGAUCUAUGCCGGACGCAAGAACAGCUGGACGGGAGAAUUUUCAGCCCGUUUCCUUCUCAAGCUCCCUGGGGACUUCAGCAACAUCCCAGUCUAUCUCCUUAAGGACACAGCCGUGGACCCUGGAGAGGACGUGGCCCUUCUCUCAGUGAGCUUUGAGGAUGCUGAGGCUACCCAAGUCUUCCCUAAACUCUACCUCUCCCCCAGCAUUGAACAUGCUCUGGGAGGCUCCUCAGCACUUCAUAUCCCAGCAUUCCCCAGUGGAGGGUGCCUAAUUGACUAUGUGCCGCAAGUGUGCCAGUUACUCAACAACAAGGUGCAGUAUGUCAUCCAAGGCUAUCACAAGAGGAGAGAGUACAUCGCUGCCUUCCUCAGCCACUUUGGAAUGGGCGUGGUGGAGUACGAUGCCGAGGGAUUCACAAAACUCACUCUUCUACUAAUGUGGAAGGACUUUUGCUUCCUGGUACAUGUGGAUCUCCCGCUGUACUUCCCUCGGGACCAGCCCACCCUCACCUUCCAGUCUGUGUACCACUUCACCAACAGCGGCCAGCUCUACUCUGUGGUGCAGAAGUCGUAUCCCUACAGCCCUCGCUGGGACGGCAAUGAGAUGGCAAAGAGGGCCAAGUCGUACUUCAAGAGCUUCAUCCCUCAGUUCCAAGAGGGAGCUUUUGCCAACGGGAAACUCUAGUACCCUCUAGCUUAAUGACAUGCCUGGAGAGUUGCCUGUGGGAGUGUGUAUGUGAGUGUGUGUGCCACCGUGUACCUGUAUGUGAGUAUGCGCAGACUUGCGUUCGUGAGAAUGUGUUGUACUUUAACAGCCUGGUGAGAAUGACGCUGUGCAUAUUGCACACAGAUUCUGUGAAAUCCACAUUGUUUGACCUCGAAAUAAUUGCCUCUAAGUACAUUCACCUUUUAUUCUACUUUUAGUGAGAUGUCACUUUGUAGACGAUGUCCAGACACUGCAACAUGCUAUAACAAAAAAAAGCCAAGUGACAUGAGGAUGAAGUUCCUCCUCCUCUAAAGGAUUACGUAACAAUAGCAGACACAUGAACAUUGUGCUCAUGUGACACAUUUUUUGUGGGAUCAGGCUGAAAUGAUGAUCGUUUGUCUUGUUGCCAGCUCACAGUAGAGGGCCUUUAUUUUGAAGAGAAACUUCGACAGGAAACUGACGUGACAACCUCACAGAGGGUUGGGCUCGCAACACUCCAUCCAGAGCUGCCGUGCUGUGAACGAUAUUUGAUGAUAUGUAAACUACAUGUAAAUCACAAAAGAGCUGUAGGGAUGAUGCAAAAGGAUCCUUUGUUGACUGUUUGUUCGUCCCUUAACGAUCGUCAAGUUUGGCUCCAGUGUCGAUGUUAAAAUGAUCUACAAUUAGUUUUGCCUUUUCAUUGUCUGUAUGUUCCAUUUGACCAUUUAUUGCCCUGUGAAGUCUUUUACUGACAGCUUGACAGUACUGUAAAUUACUGAAUGUUUUGUCCAAAUUUCUAUCCAGUAAAGACGUCUGUUUCCCCCC